AAAAACUAGAACAAUUUCCUCAUUCUCAUAGUUGUUUGUCUCUGUCUGUCUCUGAAAGCCAACUAGGAGCUUUAGAAAACUCCGAGUCUUAGAUGGAGACCUACAUCUGGUUGGUCUUUCUGUGUUCUUUUUCACGAUUUGCGGAGGCCGAAAAUAAAGACUGUUUCUCUCACUCUAACGAGAUAACCCUCUCAAUAGAUUCAUUCUCCAUAAAUGGCGAAGCAUCCAACGGUAUGUCUACUUCUAAACUUCUGUUAGACUCCAAGGACCCCUUCUGCUUUCAGAAGGACUCUCGAAAUAAGGAGAUAACAGUAAAUUUGGGAGGCCUGUAUUACUUGUGCGGUCUAGCCUCCAAGACAGAAGAAAACUAUGUGGAAUUUUAUAAGAUGGAUGUCAAUGCUUUUGAGGAGGACGCUUAUUGGUUCCGCUACGAAAGUUCAUCCGGAAAUCAGAAAGUAAGAGGAAAAAGAGGGGGUGAUGGUGGUUAUGAUGUCAGCAAAACAGACAUUGAGGUACGACUUGCAAGGAAAAUACGGCUCUCGAUCACCGAGUACAAAGAUAAGCCCUGCACCUCUCUUGCAUUUUACGGAAAGACAAGAAAUUCUUCAGUCUCGACGAGUCAACAACCUCUAGGAUGCUACCAACAUCAACACAUCGGGGGCAGCUUUAGCAUGCUUGUGAAGCUCAAGGGACAGACUCCUGUUAGUUUUUGCUCCAGUAUUUGUGUUGACGCGUUCCCCACAUGCCGUGCGUUUCUCGUGAAACCUGACCACACGUGCUGGUGUAACAAAGAACCUGCUGCCCUUACGGCAAAUUUCUUUGAAAUAUCAGGAGUAAAUUGUAACAACGAUACAACGAUGAUGUAUUCUGUUGGAGAUCAGCCCCCGAUCUCAUGCAAGAGAGAGAUGCGAUUACUUACUCCUGAGAGGUCCCUACUCGGCAGUACUCCCCCUGUAGUCUGCCCAUCGUCAUUUCGCUGCUUCGGCCUAGUGGCAAGCUACGAUAAUUCUCCGCCAUUACCCAUUUGGCUCCACACUCAACCACCUGAAAAUGCUGUUGUGAUCUUGGCUUUCUACUCAUGCGUACAUGAUAGCGACCCUUGCAAAGUGAUAGCAAAUCCUGUGGCAUGCAAUCAGUGGGUGAGCUCUCUUGGAACUUGCAAUUCAACCGUCGAAAUAAAAAACGCUACGUUUGAGAUGCAGCUAAAAGCCGACAAGCCAUUCCCUGUGUCUCUGCUUAACCACUCAAGCAGCCAGUACCAAGCAGAAAAGCUAUUCUACGAAAACUUGAUUCUCAAAGAGAUGGCACGUCAUCUGGUGUACAAUGUGACUGUCAUCGAUUUAAGCCCCGGCAGCACCUACAUCAAAGCAGAAAUCGUCAGCACUGCACCAAGCCACAGGGAAUAUCUCAAGAACAAGAUCAAGACCGAGAUCAUCGAUGGAGGGAAGAAAGAUGGGGUAGACUUCACAGGGGAUGUGAAACUUGAGCCUAUAGACACAAAUCGUACCGCCCCAAAUGCUACAUGCUGUAUGCCUACCAUCAAUAUAACGAGCCUAGCGAACACCACCGCUGAUCAUGCAAUCGUCGUCUCAAUUGCCGAGGCCUUUACCGUUGAAGCCCAAAUACUCUACCCAAGCUGCCAUCACGCCUCAAAUAACAACCACAUAUGGGAAAUAAGGGAGUUUUCUGACGGCGCCAUCGGUAAAAUGGUAAAAAGAAAUGACUCCAAGUCGAAUUAUCCUCUGGUUAUCGACAAAGAAAGUGUGCAGUGGGGUUCGUAUAUUGUUCUGUAUACCGUGAGCUGCCCAGGUGACAACGACGAAGUAAAGAGCUAUGCCUGGGGACUUGUAAAUUUCAACAGAGCAGAACUUGAAGCCUCUAUAGAUGGCGGGUCAGCGGUCACUCGUGGUGGAAGCGGAGAGACCACGUGCGACGCCUCGCCCUCACGAGACAAGAGAGCAGAGCCUGGGGACUACAGUGGUAUGGAGUUCUUGUGGCUUUGUAAGGAAACCACCGAGUCAUAUCCAAGCGGCAACUACACCUCUUUACCCGUGGUCACUCCUGGGCCCCAGGGCGCUGGCGGGUGUUACGGAACGGGGAUCGGAAGACUGAGUUCUAAGUAUCGAACUGUGAAGGUUAACCUUGGUGCAAUGCAGGUUGGGAAGAGUUAUGACGUCACGGUGGUUAUCAAGAAAGAGUUCAGUACAGCUGAGUUUACUCAGACUAUUGAGGUUGUUCUUGGUGACCCACCAAUGCUCAAAAUCAGAUGCUUAGAGAACUGUGGUGUAUCGGCCGCCAUCAAUACUGAGCUCGCCGUUAAGGCUGAGUGUGAAAAGGACUGUGCACAUGGGAUGUCAUAUGAGUGGAGCCUGCAAAAGGAGUCCCAAGGGUCUCCACCCUCGUGGCAUGAGUUGUCAGACUUCACAUCGAUGAUCGAUCAUCACCCGGGAAACGAUUUUUUGAAGCUCAAGGCAAAUAAGCUCGAUGCGCAUUUCAGAUACCGUUUGCUUGUGAAAGCUGGGCGAAGUGGUAGCGAGGGAAAAACCUCGUACGAGUUUCUCACGAACGCGCCACCACAGGGUGGCCGAUGCCAGCUAAUGCCACCUGAGGGAAGAGCCCUGGAAACGACAUUCGCCUUGUCAUGUGAAGGCUGGCAAGACCAGGACACACCGCUGACAUAUCGGCUUGACGUAAAGAAUUCAAAAGGUGUUUGGUUCACCGCUUGCAGAGGAGGGAUGACGUCAUGCCGAGGCAUCACCUUGCCGGGUGGAGUGGAGUCAGAAGGGUUUAAGCUCGACGCAAACGUGAUAGUAGCUGACUCGGCACACGCCUCGAGUAGGGUUGGCAUCAGCGUCAAGGUAGAAAAGCCAUCCUUAGACCCUACAGCGUUUUUCUCUUCUAUCAAAAAACUUGCGUCGGGCGAUGACAAUGUGAUGGCAAGUAUGCUAAGAUCCGGCGACCUACACGGUGCUUCCGCGAUGGCGUCAGCGGUACUGGAAUCCCUGGACAUGGUACCAGACGAGACUAUGACCCCAGAUCAAAAAGCUAAGGCCAAGGAAGCUAUAAUCCGUAACAUGGCGUCAACACCUAUCAACAGCCUUGAUGACAUAAUGGCUAUCGGGCCAAUCAUAACGGCAGCGUCUAACGACGAGGGACAGGUUACUAUGGAAACGCAGAAUCAUGCCCUCGAUAUGUUGACCAGGAUGUUAAGCCUUCUGACUAGCACGAAAGCCAAUGGUGACAUCGCCGACCGAUUAAAGCAGGCUCAUACAUGCCUUUUGGGGGGAUUUGGCAACUUGAUUGCAAGUGCAGCAGGCAAAGUUCGCGGGAAAAGCACCACUGAGCAUUUACAAAGCAAAGAACACCUGAAAAAGAUGUUAACUAAUCUACGAAGCCUAGGAAGUAGCAUAGCCAAGCCUCUUAUCACUGAUGCGCCUGACUAUGUGAUAACCACGGCCAAACUGUCCAUGAUGGUCUGCAAAGCAUCUCCGGCAAAACUCAGCGAGAGAAUGCACAGACAAGGAGACGCCGGUAUCAAAUUCUCUGGAAGUAUUUCUGAUUUCCUUGGGGAGAACACAAGACCGGUCACGAUAACGGUCAUGGAUAUGGCUACGAAUCCUUAUAAAGAUGACAAGUCUGCAUCCUCGGUUGAAUCAAACGUAAUGGAAAUUGACCUCGCCUCCGACUCUGGCAGUAGGAUCCCUGUUGCAGGACUCCGAGAGGCACUGGACAUAAGAGUUCCCGUCAAUGCAGCACAACAGGCAAACCAAAUCCAAGAGCCUUCAAAUUUUAUGAAACUUGGAGUCCUAGAGAGCCGUAUAGUGACAGUCGGAGAAGAGGGCAAGGCACUGAGUUUGGAGCUUGAAAUAACAGCUCCGGUGACUGUUUACGUGCGUUUCCGAUUACGACCCGAACGCUCGGCGUUUGACUAUCGACAAGUUAUCGGAAGAGGACCAGCCUGUGCAACCAGACUAGAUGGAACCGCUGUACCGAAUACAUGUACAGAUGGACGAAAAGUGUUUAUACCGAAGGCUCAGAAAGGCACUUGGUAUAUUGGAAUGGAGCCUCACGAAACUCAACGAAGAAAAAAACGUUCUUGUUUUGGUCAUGGCCGAGAAAAGCGGGCUUGCAUGGAGGAAAAGGAGCUCUCGAUCUACGACCCGUCAAGUCUCGAGUACGACCCAACAACAGACGUCAACUACACGAUGAAGGUCACACUACCGGGUUGCCUGUUUUGGUCUGAAGACGAGCAGAAGUGGCUUGGGGCAGGGUGCACGGCCGGUGCUCAGACUACUGCCACCUCUCUUCAGUGUCUGUGUGACCACCUCACCGCGUUCGGUGGCAGCAUGAUUGUGGCACCCAACCCAAUCGACUUCAACAAAGUAUUCUUGGAAAUGUCCCGUCUGGGGGAGUCUGGUAACGUGGCUGUACUGGCCACCAUUGUCUCCAUUCUCACGGGAUACCUCGUCAUUAUCGUUAUCGUCAGAAAAGCCGACCGAAACGAUUUACGCAAGAUUGGUGACCCCAUAUCCGUCAACACGCCGACAGAGACUGCUUCUUGUUGCACGUACAAAAUAACGGUUCAGACAGGGAUCUGGCGAAACGCGGGGACCACAUCAGACGUCACCUUUACGAUCACUGGACAGGAGGGGAAGAGUGACUCCAUCACUAUACGUCAUGCUGAUGUCAUACCACGUGUGGCUCUGGCGCGAGGAAAUGAAGACGUCUUUUUGGUGCAUCUCCCAAAAUCCCUUGGGAGCUUGAAGCAUUUACAUAUCUGGCAUGACAAUUCAGGUGACGAUCCUGAUUGGUUCCUUAGCAAGAUUGUCAUUGAGGAGAUGGGCGCGGACGCGUCCUGGGUUUUCGCGUGUAACAGUUGGCUAGCCGUUGCUAAAGAUAACGGUGGCACCGUACGGUUGCUACGUGCAGCCAAACUGGAAGACAUGACGCAGUUCAAGCACGCUUUCAAUUCACAGCGAUCGCAGAACUUUGCCGAAGGUCAUCUUUGGCUCUCAGUCGCCACCAAGCCUCCAAACAAUCUUUUUACCCGAGCCCAGCGCGCCACAUGCUGUCUGACGCUGUUUUUCUCUGUUCUGAUCGUCAACGCCAUGUUCUACAACUUGGACGGGACCCGGGAAGAAUCGUUCCAGAUCGGCCCAGUCAAAAUGAGCCUGAGGCAGAUCAUGAUUGGAAUCCAAAGCAGUCUUAUCGUCGCUCCUGUGAAUUUACUGAUAGCGAUACUCUUUAAGAAAAGCACUAAACCAAGCAAGUGCUGCAAACCAAGGAGUCGGAGCCAGUCCAAGGAUCACAUCUUAGAAGAAGCAAAGGAGAGCGAAGAGGUUAAACCUACGAAAAAGAAGUUCGAGCUACCACGUUGGUGUAUUUACAUCGCGUGGAGUUUGUGCUUCUGCGUUGUCCUUACUUCAGCCACCUUCACGUUCUUCUACAGCUUGACUUGGGGCAAAGAGAAAAGCAAUCAGUGGCUAGCAUCUAUCUGCAUCUCCUUUGUCCAGGAUAUCCUUGUAGUACAGCCAAUAAAAAUAAUCCUAGUGGCGGUAGUUGUUGCGUAUUUGAUGGACAAAAAGGGAAAGAUGAAGAGAACCGGAAAAGAGAAAUCGGACGUUGAGGACAAGGAGGAGAUGGACGAAGAAAAGUUCUUCUCCGCGAGUGAGCGGAGACGUCUAAAGAAAGCCAAGAGACAGGCGGAGCGAGCAGACAAGAUCCAUAGACUGAUGAGAGAGGGCAUCGGUUUCGCUCUGUUCUAUUUUAUUCUCGCCAUUCUGGCAUUUGGAACUACUACAAACUUGUCAUAUACUAUGACAGAUUCUACUACUGCAAGUUUGGCUGGCUACGAUACGGUAUCCAGCAAAGACAGGUUAUGGGCGUGGUUGGAGGGGCAGUUUCUUUCGUCUAUGUACUCAGGGGAAUGGUACAACGGACAGCUGGAAUUAACGGAACAGUACAUAUCAGACAAAGCUUCAAUCUUGAUAGGAAUGCCUCAGCUGAGACAACUAAGGGUCAAGAAAGAUCUAUGCACAUUUCCAAGCGAGGUAAAGCCGUAUUUUGAGUCCGAGUCCUGCCUUUCUACUUACUCCAUCCCAGACGAGGACACCACUCCCUACAAUUUACCUGGGUGGACUCCCCUGGACGCACAAGACAGCUGGGUCAACUUAACCACACUCUGCCCCAAGCCCUGGCGGUACACCUCGUCCGCGCAACUGGAUAAUCUUCCAAGCUGGGGCUACUUUACCUUAUAUGGAGGAGGUGGCUAUGUUGCCAGCUUGGGCUAUCAGUCUAGUUCAGCUAUAGUUGCUUUACGAGAGCUUAAACAUAGCUCAUGGAUGGAUAGACGCACCCGAGCCGUAUUCCUAGAGCUUUCCCUGUUCAACAUAAACACAAAUAUUCUCCAAGUGGUGGUGUAUAUAUUUGAGAGUUUGCCAACAGGAGGGAUGAGUGGGUUUUAUAGACUGUACUCGCUGCCAGUCGGAAGCUCUGACCCAGGAUUCCACCAAUUCUAUCUUCUUUGCCAGGUUUUCUUCAUAGGAGUUGUGCUGUUUAAGUUGAUCAGGGAAUUUUCCAAGAUUUGUAAGAUGAAGCGGGGUUAUUUCGGGGAUUCAUGGAACUGGGUUGAGGUUUUUAUCCUUAUAUGUGCUCUUUGUGCGGUUUUCCUGCAAUUUCUCAAGUCGCACUCAAUCCUAGCUCAUUUAGAAAAAGUCAAGAAGAACCCUUAUGCUAACGUGUGGUUCCAAAAAGCAGUGCACUGGGCAGAAGCUCAAACAACUGCAUUUGCACUGGCCCUCUUCGCCACAACCCUAAAAUUUCUCCGCCUUUUGAGAUACAACAAGCAUAUUUAUGUUCUUAACUGCACAUUUCGCGCAGCAAAAAAGGAUUUGGUCUCAUUUUCGAUUGUGAUUUUCGUGAUUAUCAUAGCUUUUGCGCAGUUUGCCUUUAUUGUGCUUGGUAAGAAUUUAGAAGCCUUCAGUUCGUUGCCAAACAGUCUCUACACCGAGUUCCUAAUGUCUCUUGGUGGAAGCAUGGCAAUCCAUGACUUGACCAACACCAAUCGAAUCCUCGGCCCUAUUUUCGGCUUUGGAUUUGUAACGUCUAUGGCGUUUUUGUUCGUCAACAUGUUUGUCGCUAUCCUAAAUGAUGCUUACUACGAGGGAUGUGAAAUCACUCAGAAAAACAAUGAAGUUAUUCAGAUGAACAUGGUUAACUUCUUUAUGAAGAAGUUUGAGCGAAUGGUCAAGAAAAGGGACACGAAAAUAGGAGAUGUUUGGAGACAGCAUGGUGAUCGAGAUGAUGAGGAUGAUGAAGAUGGCAUAAACGAUUCUCAAAAGUCCCUCAAGGGAACACCGAAAGAUGAGGAGCAGCAAGAAACAUUCUCGAGCAUUGAGAUGGGUUUGAGCUGCGCACCAAAGAAUGAGGAGAAAGAGAAUAGCUACGAGCAGGACAAACCGAGCAAUGAUAGAAAGGUUCAACAAAACUCAUCUUACAAGAAAAGACUUGAUGAUAUCUCUGGAAAAGAGCUACAGAAUUCCAAGAAUAAAGAAGGUCUGGCCCAGCCAUCGCCAACCAAGGAAAAGAGCAAUCUCAGCAUGAAGUUACGUACAUCAUCUGGUGAAAAGAAAUCCGAUCGUUAUGUGACUUUCGACAUAGCAGGUGAUGACACAAAUGAAGAAGUUAAGUCUGAAGAAGUGAAAGCCAAAACUCUACCAGCAAGCGCAGUUGAAAAUACCAAAAAAGCAAUGUCCGAAUUCAUGAUCUCUCGUCCCAAGGUGAAAAGAGGUCAUCGUAGAAAAAUGGUCGAGGUCAGGACCCAGGAUGGUAAGGCGUUACUUGUGAAGAGAGGACAAGAAGGAAAGUAUUUUAAGUCAUCGAUGAAGAAGAAAUCGAGGGCACGUCCUACUGCCGAAGUAAAGGAGCUGGACAUGGAACCGAACAUAAGAUUCAUUGAGGAGAAAUUCCAUGCGCUGUCAGAAUCUAUUGAGAGCGUGCUGACGGACAAUGAAGCAGAAAGCAAGGCCUUGAUAAGAUUUAUGCUGAGGAACAUCCUUACCAAGAUGGCGGCCGAAAAUGCUACAACAUCAAACGAAGAAGGGAGUAACGAUGAGAUACUGGUGCCAUCACCUAGCACACCCAUCUCAACUCUCAUCAUGCCUGAUGACCUCGAUGAGAUACUGGUACCAUCACCCAAUACACCCAUCUCAACUCUCAUCAUGCCUGAUGACCUCGAUGAGAUACUGGUACCAUCACCCAAUACACCCAUCUCAACUCUCAUCAUGCCUGAUGACCUCGAUGAGAUACUGGUACCAUCACCCAAUACACACAUCUCAACUCUCAUCAUGCCUGAUGACCUUGCAGAAGAGUUAGCUAACGCAAUUGACUACCCAGAGGCAGUGGACACGAAUGUAGAAAUAAAAGAGAACGAGGCUUUUUUUGAAAAAAUCGAAACACCCGAUGAUUUCCUAAGUUCCUCAGAAAGUGAGAGCGAGGAAGACGAGUUAUUCUUUGAUUCUGAGGACCAGUUGAAAGUUCAUGAAUCGUUUGACAAACGGACGAUGAAAUCCCCGGAUUUCCCGUUCGAGUGGAAUGCAGCUACCUCCAAACCACCACAUCACGAUAUCGAGUUCAGUGAAGAAAAGUGGCUGUCCGUGCUUCCAAGGUACAGGCGCCGUAAGGGCGAGACCGUGGACGCGAAGGGAUCAGAAAUAUGAUGAAUGCUGAAUUGAGGGCUAACCCACAUAACACCUAUAUAAAUCUGGUGUUCCACUGCAUAUAAUAAAGGUAACUGCGAGUUAAAAUUUGCAUCCAGAGCUGUGUUGUAGUUAUAAAUCGAAGUAAAUAUCAAACACAAAUAACAAGACAAAAGGCUUUCUAUCCUGUUCUAAAGUGAGUUAUGGAUAGGGGAAUGCCUGCAAAAUACAAGUUAAAUUAGCUUUAUCGCCAGUUGUUGUAUCUCAUAGGCUUGACUUUUGGCCGCGCAGAGUUUUAGGAUGAAGGUUUUAUUCUUCGCUGCUUUCUGUUUCUGAUGAAACCCCACAGAAACGCUUGCUACGCAGCCUGGCCUGCAGCCGACACUGUAUUUUGUUUUCACUUUACUUCGCGCAAGGGUGCUCGGAGAUGCUAGCAAAAGGAAAACCUUGUCAAAAUUGGUCUCCUAAAAGUUUAGGUAAAUAUACAUAAAUAAAAAGCAUGCUUCCAACAUGCAUGAACAUGUAUCAAGUUAAUCAAUUGAUCUUGAAUUAAACCACGACUAACAACAAA